AAUAUUUAUCCUUCAUCUGUGGACAACUCUCAGUAUACACGGCUUAUACAAAUUGCAUCAGUGAAGGGCAAAAACCCAAUAUAGAAACUGAAAUUAAAGAUGGGUUUUGAAGCUAUGAAGAACGGCCAGAUUUUGGACGGCGUUAUGAUGACAGCGGCGGGAAUAGGAUUGCUCGGUAAUCUCUUAGUUUGCAUCACGGUCGUCAAGGUGAAGCACCUCCACAGUCUAACUAACUAUCUCCUCCUGAAUCUGGCCGUCUCCGAUCUCAUGACUUGCUUCAUCUACUUGCUUACCAACAUCUUGAAGCAGCUCGGAAUUCCCCCAGCAGAUGCAAGCAUCACCGUCUGGAGCCACGUCUUCUGCCGUGUCAUGUACAGCAACUAUCUGUUCUUUUCCUUCUCCUUUGUGUCUGUCUACAACCUCGUUAUUAUAUCGUUUGAGCGCUACGUCGCGAUAGUGUACCCCUUGCGUUACGCCGAAAUCUGCACCAAAAGGAGGGUGGGCGUGGCUAUCUGUUCAGCGUGGGGGGUGGGGUUCCUACUGUACUUGAUUCAUUUUUUUGGAAUUUACGUUGACGAGGGGAACGCCGUCAGCUUGUACUGUACUUACGGACACUCGUGGGCGUGGCAUUUCAUCCCGUUUGUUUUCGGUUUUCUGUUCCCGCUUUCCGCGAUGCUCUGGGCCUACUAUCAGAUAAUCAAGACGCUUAAGAUGAGUGCCAGGCGGCAGUUGCUUCCCGGUCACGCUGGCGAGUUGUUCGACGCUCGCCGGCGAGUCAUACGCCUCAUGCUCUUGGUGACCGGCGUUUUUGUCCUUCUCUUCGGCGGCACCCAACCGAUCCAAAUGAUAAUCGUCUUUACGAUCAACGAUACGUACGAAACAACGGAGAGUGCUGGAACUUAUGCCUGUUUGCUUCUCUACUUGUUUAACGAGAUCCCAGCCAUGUUGACAAGUAUCUUAAACCCCAUUAUCUACGCCUUCAAGUAUAAGGCGUUCCGCCGCGGUAUGAAGGAAGGGUUGUGUCCGUGUUUGAGAGGGGGUUUGGUGUCACCAACGGUGUCAAGAGUUGAUUCGAUGGCAGCACAAAAUAACCAGAGUUUUAACAACACAGAGUAUUUCCAGGGAACGGUGAAUCCUUUUCCAGGUUGGUUAUCGAUUCUGCUCUUGUGCUGUGCCGUUGUUGGAUUUCUGAGUAACAUUUUGGUGUGUGUCACCGUGCUCAAAAGCAAAUUCCUUCAUGAUAUCACUCAUUAUCUGAUUUUGAAUCUCGCCGUGUCCGACGGACUAUGCUGCUUCAUGUUUGCCAUCAACACCUUGUUGGAUUUGCUCAACUAUCCGGACGCCAUCUCGAGUGAGAUCGGGAAACGAGUCUACUGCCACCUCAUGCACAGCGAUUACUUGUUUCACUCGUUUGCCUACAUCUCAGCGUACAGUCUCGUCCUGGUUGCGUUGGAACGGUUUGUCGGCAUUGUGUACCCGCUCCGAUACGUCUGCAUCUGCACUAAACGCGUCAUUUGGUUUUCCGUAUGUCUCGCGUGGGUUAUGGGGCUCUGCGCUUACAUGAUCCACCUCGUUGGGGUACGAUAUGAACCAUCCGGUGUUACUUAUAAUGACAGGUGUGUGCUGAAUUACCACUCCUGGCAGUGGCACUUUCUACCGUUCAUCGUCGGGUUUGUACUACCCCUGAUCGUCAUGCUGUGGGCGUACGUUCGCAUCAUCCGCACACUCAAGCAGAGCAGUCGCAAUCGAGACACUAUGGCCCAGGUACUGGAAUCGCGGACCGCGACAAAACGCGUAAUCCAUCUGAUGCUGAUAGUGACGAUCACCUACGGAAUCCUCUACAUACCAACCCAGCCAGCUUACAUGAUCACCAUCAUAAUCUACCAGCAGCAUGCGGAGUUUGGAAUGCUGCUAACUGAUCUGCUGAGCAAGGUACCGGUACUGUUCAACUCUAUCAUCAAUCCCUUCAUCUACGCGUACAAAUACAAGAAGUUCCGCAAGGGGCUGCGAAACAUGGCGUGCAGAUGGUGCCGAAACUCAAUUAAUGUGGAUGAUUCUGUGCGUUACGACAGACAAAACUCAGGCCCAGCUCUGACGUUUCGACUUCAAAACAUCGAAAGUCAGCACGGCCAUCCCAGUGUUAAGCAGACUAUUCAAGCAAAAAUUGAAACAUGA